UUGUUUCUAUUUUCAAUUGACUUCCAUAGGCCAAUAUUUCGACCACGAGUUCCGCCGCCUAUUUCUCACGCCCCCAAGCCAUGGUCUCAAUUCCUAGUCGACAAUGCGCUCUUUGGCCAUUCUGCUCACUUGGCCGCCAGUAGAGCAUCUCCGUCGGCUGCUGUUAGUGCCUUCAACUCAUCACCAUUUCUCCAUUCACGCCCUCCGUCUCAGUUGAUAGCUGAUACGCAGCGGUCUCCUGGUGCUAACUCUAGCCACGUCCGACCCGCCCUACGUUCUCGGCACACACAUCGUCACAACAGUCCGCUUAAAGUCCCCCCUCGGACGCAGCAGAAGCCCAUCUCGAGCCCAAAUAUCAAACCCACUUUAGACACCAGACCUGUCAGCCUUCUGCCAACCGAUCAUUCGACUAUACAAGAUGUGCGUUUCACCAUGACUUGUUAG